AUGCCCUUCCUAAUGAAACUAUCGGUUGUUCUUACACUUUCUCACAGCUCCCCUCCCACGCUCCCCUCCCACGCUCCCCUCCCACGCUCCCCUCCCACGCUCCCCUCCCACGCUCCCCUCCCACGCUCCCCUCCCACGCUCCCCUCCCACGCUCCCCUCCCACGCUCCCCUCCCACGCUCCCCUCCCACGCUCCCCUCCCACGCUCCCCUCCCACGCUCCCCUCCCACGCUCCCCUCCCACGCUCCCCUCCCACGCUCCCCUCCCACGCUCCCCUCCCACGCUCCCCUCCCACGCUCCCCUCCCACGCUCCCCUCCCACGCUCCCCUCCCACGCUCCCCUCCCACGCUCCCCUCCCACGCUCCCCUCCCACGCUCCCCUCCCACGCUCCCCUCCCACGCUCCCCUCCCACGCUCCCCUCCCACGCUCCCCUCCCACGCUCCCCUCCCACGCUCCCCUCCCACGCUCCCCUCCCACGCUCCCCUCCCACGCUCCCCUCCCACGCUCCCCUCCCACGCUCCCCUCCCACGCUCCCCUCCCACGCUCCCCUCCCACGCUCCCCUCCCACGCUCCCCUCCCACGCUCCCCUCCCACGCUCCCCUCCCACGCUCCCCUCCCACGCUCCCCUCCCACGCUCCCCUCCCACGCUCCCCUCCCACGCUCCCCUCCCACGCUCCCCUCCCACGCUCCCCUCCCACGCUCCCCUCCCACGCUCCCCUCCCACGCUCCCCUCCCACGCUCCCCUCCCACGCUCCCCUCCCACGCUCCCCUCCCACGCUCCCCUCCCACGCUCCCCUCCCACGCUCCCCUCCCACGCUCCCGUCCUACGCCAGUCCUUUUGUGCCCUCGCUACCGCUGCCUCCUCCUCCUCCCCCCCACCGUCUUUCAACUCCUCCUCUCCUGUCUCAACAUCAGCAUCAGUAUCAGCAUCAGCGUUUGGGCUUACUGAUGGGAUGGACAGUCGCUGCUUCGCGGUGGCUUCUAGUCGCCUCGUGAUGCUGUUUGACCUUCGCAACACAGUGGCGCCGCUGCUGCAGGUCAUGCUUACAGCAGCUGCCUUGGGUUCAGGCCGAGUCAUCACAUGCCCUAUUGCUCUCACCACUGCGCCUUCUCCUCCUCUUCCUCCUUCUUCUCCUUCUCCCUCUGCGAUUGCUGCUGCUGCAUUAAAAGUAACGGCAUCAGCAGAGGCUGCCCAGCGGCGCACGCCGCACCUCUUCCGAGCCUUGUCGGGAGGUUUGGCAGCCGUGGCUGCUGCGCCGUUCCCCUCCUGUGCUGGUGGUGUGGAUGUGAGUGUAUCGAAGGGCAUGAUGAUCAAAGCAGCAGACAGAGAGGAGGGUGAGGAGCAGGAGGAGGAGGAGGAGGAGGAGGAGGAGGAGGAGGAGGAGGAGGAGGAGGAGGAGGAGGAGGAGGAGGAGGAGGAGGAGGAGGAGGAGGAGGAGGGGGGAAAGGAGAGGAGGGGGAGGGAACCGAGAGGUCCUCAAUUCAUAUCUACACCGGCCCUCCUCCCUCUAGAAAUCCCAUCCCCCUUCGAGAGAAAGCGUCCCAGAAGCAUCCUGCCGCGGUCCCUAGAUCCUGUAGAUGUGCUGCAGGCCUCUCAGCCAAUCCCAGCUGUCCACGUGGCAGGCACUGCACUUGCUCCUAUCGCCGGCCUUGCAUGUAUAAGCACGGCGCCAUGUGCUUGUAACGAGGCACGGCUUGACAGCCAAUCAGGCGGUGGUAAGAAAGCAGCUAAGGAAUUGGCAGCUGAGGCAGGGAAACAUGAGGGAAGAUUUGAUUUGAUUCAGCUGACGAGGCUUGGAGAUGUGUGGGCGGCAUCGUACGGCAUGGAGUGGGAAGGGGGGAAGAGAGGCAGGAGGAAACGGGGAGAGAAGGACGGAGGAAAGGAGGGAUUCUUUCACGAAGGGGAGGAAGAGCAGGAGGCUGAUGAGGAGGAGGAGGAAGAGGAGGAGGAGGAAGAGGAGGAGGAGGAGGAAGAGGAGGAGGAAGAGGAGGAGGAAGAGGAGGAGGAAGAGGAGGAGGAGGAAGAGGAGGACAGUGAGAAGUUAGUAAGUUCUGAAGAUAGGAGCAACGGGAGAAAGAGGAGGAGGGGGAGAGAGGAGAGUGAGGAGAGAGGAAGGAGGAGAAAGACAGGAGGGAAGUUUCCUGUGGUGCAGGCAGCUGCACUUGCUGGGAGUGCAUGGGAGCAGCAGGCAGCACGCGUGGUGCAGCGGAAGAGUGACAAGUUCGCUACUCCGAAAUCAUACACCAUCCAGCUACCGAAUGUGGCACACUGUGAGUUCACUGUGAAGAGGAAGAGUGACAAGUUCGCUACUUCGAAGUCAUACACCAUCCAGCUACCGAAUGUGGCACACUGUGAGUUCACUGUGAAGAGGAAGAGUGACAAGUUCGCUACUCCGAAGUCAUACACCAUCCAGCUACCGAAUGUGGCACACUGUGAGUUCACUGUGAAGAGGAAGAGUGACAAGUUCGCUACUCCGAAGUCAUACACCAUCCAGCUACCGAAUGUGGCACGCUGUGAGUUCACUGUGAAGAGGAAGAGUGACAAGUUCGCUACUCCGAAGUCAUACACCAUCCAGCUACCGAAUGUGGCACGCUGUGAGUUCACUGUGAAGAGGAAGAGUGACAAGUUCGCUACUCCGAAGUCAUACACCAUCCAGCUACCGAAUGUGGCACGCUGUGAGUUCACUGUGAAGAGGAAGAGUGACAAGUUCGCUACUCCGAAGUCAUACACCAUCCAGCUACCGAAUGUGGCACGCUGUGAGUUCACUGUGAAGAGGAAGAGUGACAAGUUCGCUACUCCGAAGUCAUACACCAUCCAGCUACCGAAUGUGGCACACUGUGAGUUCACUGUGAAGAGGAAGAGUGACAAGUUCGCUACUCCGAAAUCAUACACCAUCCAGCUACCGAAUGUGGCACACUGUGAGUUCACUGUGAAGAGGAAGAGUGACAAGUUCGCUACUCCGAAGUCAUACACCAUCCAGCUACCGAAUGUGGCACACUGUGAGUUCACUGUGAAGAGGAAGAGUGACAAGUUCGCUACUCCGAAGUCAUACACCAUCCAGCUACCGAAUGUGGCACACUGUGAGUUCACUGUGAAGAGGAAGAGUGACAAGUUCGCUACUCCGAAGUCAUACACCAUCCAGCUACCGAAUGUGGCACACUGUGAGUUCACUGUGAAGAGGAAGAGUGACAAGUUCGCUACUCCGAAGUCAUACACCAUCCAGCUACCGAAUGUGGCACGCUGUGAGUUCACUGUGAAGAGGAAGAGUGACAAGUUCGCUACUCCGAAGUCAUACACCAUCCAGCUACCGAAUGUGGCACGCUGUGAGUUCACUGUGAAGAGGAAGAGUGACAAGUUCGCUACUCCGAAGUCAUACACCAUCCAGCUACCGAAUGUGGCACGCUGUGAGUUCACUGUGAAGAGGAAGAGUGACAAGUUCGCUACUCCGAAGUCAUACACCAUCCAGCUACCGAAUGUGGCACGCUGUGAGUUCACUGUGAAGAGGAAGAGUGACAAGUUCGCUACUCCGAAGUCAUACACCAUCCAGCUACCGAAUGUGGCACACUGUGAGUUCACUGUGAAGAGGAAGAGUGACAAGUUCGCUACUCCGAAAUCAUACACCAUCCAGCUACCGAAUGUGGCACACUGUGAGUUCACUGUGAAGAGGAAGAGUGACAAGUUCGCUACUCCGAAGUCAUACACCAUCCAGCUACCGAAUGUGGCACACUGUGAGUUCACUGUGAAGAGGAAGAGUGACAAGUUCGCUACUCCGAAGUCAUACACCAUCCAGCUACCGAAUGUGGCACACUGUGAGUUCACUGUGAAGAGGAAGAGUGACAAGUUCGCUACUCCGAAGUCAUACACCAUCCAGCUACCGAAUGUGGCACGCUGUGAGUUCACUGUGAAGAGGAAGAGUGACAAGUUCGCUACUCCGAAGUCAUACACCAUCCAGCUACCGAAUGUGGCACACUGUGAGUUCACUGUGAAGAGGAAGAGUGACAAGUUCGCUACUUCGAAGUCAUACACCAUCCAGCUACCGAAUGUGGCACACUGUGAGUUCACUGUGAAGAGGAAGAGUGACAAGUUCGCUACUCCGAAGUCAUACACCAUCCAGCUACCGAAUGUGGCACACUGUGAGUUCACUGUGAAGAGGAAGAGUGACAAGUUCGCUACUCCGAAGUCAUACACCAUCCAGCUACCGAAUGUGGCACACUGUGAGUUCACUGUGAAGAGGAAGAGUGACAAGUUCGCUACUCCGAAGUCAUACACCAUCCAGCUACCGAAUGUGGCACGCUGUGAGUUCACUGUGAAGAGGAAGAGUGACAAGUUCGCUACUCCGAAGUCAUACACCAUCCAGCUACCGAAUGUGGCACGCUGUGAGUUCACUGUGAAGAGGAAGAGUGACAAGUUCGCUACUCCGAAGUCAUACACCAUCCAGCUACCGAAUGUGGCACGCUGUGAGUUCACUGUGAAGAGGAAGAGUGACAAGUUCGCUACUCCGAAGUCAUACACCAUCCAGCUACCGAAUGUGGCACGCUGUGAGUUCACUGUGAAGAGGAAGAGUGACAAGUUCGCUACUCCGAAGUCAUACACCAUCCAGCUACCGAAUGUGGCACGCUGUGAGUUCACUGUGAAGAGGAAGAGUGACAAGUUCGCUACUCCGAAGUCAUACACCAUCCAGCUACCGAAUGUGGCACGCUGUGAGUUCACUGUGAAGAGGAAGAGUGACAAGUUCGCUACUCCGAAGUCAUACACCAUCCAGCUACCGAAUGUGGCACGCUGUGAGUUCACUGUGAAGAGGAAGAGUGACAAGUUCGCUACUCCGAAGUCAUACACCAUCCAGCUACCGAAUGUGGCACGCUGUGAGUUCACUGUGAAGAGGAAGAGUGACAAGUUCGCUACUCCGAAGUCAUACACCAUCCAGCUACCGAAUGUGGCACGCUGUGAGUUCACUGUGAAGAGGAAGAGUGACAAGUUCGCUACUCCGAAGUCAUACACCAUCCAGCUACCGAAUGUGGCACGCUGUGAGUUCACUGUGAAGAGGAAGAGUGACAAGUUCGCUACUCCGAAAUCAUACACCAUCCAGCUACCGAAUGUGGCACACUGUGAGUUCACUGUGAAGAGGAAGAGUGACAAGUUCGCUACUCCGAAAUCAUACACCAUCCAGCUACCGAAUGUGGCACACUGUGAGUUCACUGUGAAGAGGAAGAGUGACAAGUUCGCUACUCCGAAAUCAUACACCAUCCAGCUACCGAAUGUGGCACACUGUGAGUUCACUGUGAAGAGGAAGAGUGACAAGUUCGCUACUCCGAAAUCAUACACCAUCCAGCUACCGAAUGUGGCACACUGUGAGUUCACUGUGAAGAGGAAGAGUGACAAGUUCGCUACUCCGAAGUCAUACACCAUCCAGCUACCGAAUGUGGCACGCUGUGAGUUCACUGUGAAGAGGAAGAGUGACAAGUUCGCUACUCCGAAGUCAUACACCAUCCAGCUACCGAAUGUGGCACGCUGUGAGUUCACUGUGAAGAGGAAGAGUGACAAGUUCGCUACUCCGAAGUCAUACACCAUCCAGCUACCGAAUGUGGCACGCUGUGAGUUCACUGUGAAGAGGAAGAGUGACAAGUUCGCUACUCCGAAGUCAUACACCAUCCAGCUACCGAAUGUGGCACACUGUGAGUUCACUGUGAAGAGGAAGAGUGACAAGUUCGCUACUCCGAAGUCAUACACCAUCCAGCUACCGAAUGUGGCACACUGUGAGUUCACUGUGAAGAGGAAGAGUGACAAGUUCGCUACUCCGAAAUCAUACACCAUCCAGCUACCGAAUGUGGCACACUGUGAGUUCACUGUGAAGAGGAAGAGUGACAAGUUCGCUACUCCGAAGUCAUACACCAUCCAGCUACCGAAUGUGGCACGCUGUGAGUUCACUGUGAAGAGGAAGAGUGACAAGUUCGCUACUCCGAAGUCAUACACCAUCCAGCUACCGAAUGUGGCACGCUGUGAGUUCACUGUGAAGAGGAAGAGUGACAAGUUCGCUACUCCGAAGUCAUACACCAUCCAGCUACCGAAUGUGGCACGCUGUGAGUUCACUGUGAAGAGGAAGAGUGACAAGUUCGCUACUCCGAAGUCAUACACCAUCCAGCUACCGAAUGUGGCACACUGUGAGUUCACUGUGAAGAGGAAGAGUGACAAGUUCGCUACUCCGAAGUCAUACACCAUCCAGCUACCGAAUGUGGCACACUGUGAGUUCACUGUGAAGAGGAAGAGUGACAAGUUCGCUACUCCGAAGUCAUACACCAUCCAGCUACCGAAUGUGGCACACUGUGAGUUCACUGUGAAGAGGAAGAGUGACAAGUUCGCUACUCCGAAAUCAUACACCAUCCAGCUACCGAAUGUGGCACACUGUGAGUUCACUGUGAAGAGGAAGAGUGACAAGUUCGCUACUCCGAAAUCAUACACCAUCCAGCUACCGAAUGUGGCACACUGUGAGUUCACUGUGAAGAGGAAGAGUGACAAGUUCGCUACUCCGAAAUCAUACACCAUCCAGCUACCGAAUGUGGCACACUCUGAGUCUCUGAUUUGA